GAGGCGGGCUGUGUGAACGCCGCGAUCCGGUACGUGGGCAUCCGGGCUGUCCCUUCCCGGGGCGGCGAUCCUUCCUCCGGACCCCCCGCCGCAACCCUCCCAGAAGUAGAGGAGGGGCCGUAGGGGUCCCGGAGCGGGCCCACCCCCAGCCUCACCCACUCCAGCAUUUGCAGGCAGGGAUGCCAUGCUGCUCUCCCAUGAACCAGUCCCCGAGUCUGUCUGCUGCAGCCCUUCCUGAACCUCUGGCUGUCUAGCUGCUCCACUGUUCUCCUUGCCAAGAUGAAGUGUGUCUUGGUGACCACUGAGGGUGCAGAGGUCCUCUUCUACUGGACGGAUGAGGAGUUUGAAGAGAGUCUCCGGCUGAAGUUUGGGCAGUCAGAGAAUGAGGAAGAAGAGCUCCCUGCCCUGGAGGACCAGCUCAGCACCCUCCUCGCCCCGGUCAUCAUCUCCUCCAUGACAAUGCUAGAAAAGCUCUCGGACACCUACACCUGCUUCUCCACAGAAAACGGCAACUCCCUGUAUGUGCUUCACCUGUUUGGAGAAAUCCUUUUCAUUGCCAUCAACGGCGACCACACUGAGAGCGAGGGGGACCUGCGGCGGAAGCUAUACGUGCUCAAGUGCCUGUUCGAAGUACACUUCGGGCUGGUGACUGUGGACAGUCAGCUUAUCCGAAAAGAGCUGCGGCCCCCAGACCUAGAGCAGCGUGUCCAGCUGUGGACACACUUCCAGAGCCUGCUGUGGACCUACAGCCGCCUGCGGGAGCAGGAGCAGUGCUUUGCCGUGGAGGCCCUGGAGCGGCUGAUUCACCCCCAGCUCUGUGAGCUGUGCAUAGAGGCACUGGAGCGGCACGUCAUUCAGGCUGUCAACACCAGCCCCGAGCGGGGCGGCGAGGAGGCCCUGCACACCUUCCUGCUCGUGCACUCCAAGCUGCUGGCAUUCUACUCUAGCCACAGCGCCAGCUCCCUGCGCCCGGCCGACCUGCUCGCCCUCAUCCUCCUGGUUCAGGACCUCUACCCCAGUGAGAGCACAGCAGAGGACGAUGCUCAGCCUUCCUCACGAAGGGCCCGGAGCAGCCAGAACAUCCCCGUGCAGCAGGCCUGGAGCCCUCACUCCACAGGCCUAACCGGGGGGAGCUCUGCAGAGACGGAGACAGACAGCUUCUCCCUCCCUGAGGAGUACUUCACACCAGCUCCUUCCCCUGGAGAUCAGAGCUCAGGUAGCACUGUCUGGCUGGAGGGGGGUACCCCACCCAUGGAUGCCCUUCAGAUAGCGGAGGACACUCUCCAAACGCUGGUUCCCCACUCUCCUGCGCCUUCCAGCCCCAGAAGGAUCUUUCUGGACACCAACGUGAAGGAAAGCUACUGCCCCCUAGUGCCCCACACCAUGUACUGCCUGCCCCUGUGGCCAGGCAUCAACCUAGUGCUCCUGACCAGGAGCCCCAGUGCACCCCUGGCCCUGCUCCUGUCCCAGCUGCUGGAUGGCUUCUCUGUGCUGGAGAAGAAGCUGAAGGAAGCGUCAGAGGCCGGGGCUGCCCUGCGCUCCCAGCCUCUUGUGGGAGACCUGCGCCAGAGGAUGGACAAGUUUGUCAAGAAUCGAGGAGGACAGGAGAUUCAGAGCACCUGGCUGGAGUUUAAGGCCAAGGCUUUCUCCAAAAGUGGGCCCAGAUCCUCCUGGGAGCUGCUCCAGGCAUGUGGGAAGGUGAAGCGGCAGCUGUGUGCCAUCUACCAGCUAAACUUCCUGACCACAGCCCCCAGCAGGGGAGGCCCACAUCUGCCCCAGCACCUACAGGACCAAAUGCAGAGGCUCAUGCAGGAGAAGCUGACAGACUGGAAGGACUUCUUGCUGGUGAAGAGCAGGAGGAAUAUCACCAUGGUGUCAUAUCCUCACACUGGGGCCCCAGCCAGCCCCACAAGCCUCUCAGAAGACUUCCCAGGCUUGGUACACUUCAUCUAUGUGGACCGCACCACCGGGCAGAUGGUGGCACCUUCCCUCUGCUGCAGUGAAAAGACCUCAUCGGAGUUGGGCAAGGGGCCGCUGGCUGCUUUUGUCAAAACCAAGGUCUGGUCUCUGAUCCAGCUGGCGCGCAGAUACCUACAGAAGGGCUACACCACGCUGCUGUUCCAGGAGGGGGAUUUCUACUGCUCCUACUUCCUGUGGUUCGAGAAUGACAUGGGGUACAAACUCCAGAUGAUCGAGGUGCCCGUCCUCUCCGACGACUCAGUGCCUAUUGGCAUGCUGGGAGGAGACUACUACAGGAAGCUCCUGCGCUACUACAGCAAGAGCCGCCCGGCUGAGACUGUGAAGUGCUAUGAGCUGCUGGCCCUGCACCUGUCGGUCAUCCCCAUGGACCUGCUGGUGCAGCAGGCCAGCCAGCUGGCCCGGCGCCUCUGGGAGGCCUCCCAUAUCCCCCUGCUAUAGGCCAGGGUAGCUGCAGUCUGCCCUUGCACCCCAUCCUCCAGUCACGCUUGCUUGCCACUGUUCUGCAUGAUGAGAGCCUCCUGUCUGCAGUGGCCAUCCUGAGGAUGGGGCAGAGUGCCCAGGGUAGCCCCAGGGUUUCUAAAACCCCGCCUAGUGGGGUACUGAGCAAGGCCCCAGAUCCUUCUCUCUUUAGGAAGAUGGAAGCCAGGGGUUCUGUUGGUCUUCAUUAAUCAACAGCGGCAACAGCUCCUCUUCCAGAGCCUCCUCUGCCUUUAUCCUGGGAGAUGGGGAGGGAGCCCCUGUCUCUGCUGUUCCCUGAGUGCAGUGGAGGAAGCCCACCCAGCAGGCUAUCUCCUAUCCCAGGUAAAAGGUGCUCCUUUGACUGGGUUUGAGUUCUGGCCCUGCCACUUCCUCUGUACCUCCUGGCAAGUUUCUUAUACUCCUCACAUUUAGAGUGAUGGCACCUCCCGCUCAGGGUGACGCAAGGAUUACCCCAUGCGGUAGGUGCUCAAUAAAUGCUGGUCAUUGUUAUCACAGAAGCCCAA